AUGACAGUGAAAAAGCGUCCAUCAGACCUCUCCAGUCUGGAGCGGUUCAACAUGUAUUACCGGGAGAAGGAAGCACCACUCCCAAAUAGUCAGAAGAUGAAGAGGUUCGUCUGGAACCCAAAGACAAGACAGUUCUGUGGCAGGACCGGUGCUAGUUGGUCGAAAAUAGCGUUAUUUUACUUCAUCUUCUAUGCGGCGUUGGCUCUUCUCGUUGCGAUAUGCAUGUGGACCUUCCUCCAAAUGCUAGAUGCUCGUCAGCCUAGGUGGCAGCUGGAGAGUUCAAUUAUUGGAACCAACCCAGGUCUAGGCUUCAGACCUACUCCACCAGAGGUCGCUAGCAGCGUAGUCUGGUACCGGGGAAACAAUCCUGGAAGCUAUCAAUUGUGGGUGAAGGAGCUAUCGACGUUUUUAGAAGCAUACAAACGUGAUGGGAAAAAGACGAGUGCCGGCCAAAAUAUUCACAAUUGUGAUUUUAAGCUACCGCCUCCUGCCGGCAAAGUCUGUGAUGUAGAUAUUAGCGCCUGGGGCCCUUGUGUUGAGGAGAAUAACUUCGCAUACCACAAAUCAACGCCGUGUAUCUUCUUAAAACUGAACAAAAUAUACGCUUGGAAACCAAAGUUCUAUGAUAGUUCUGAAAACUUGCCUGAACAAAUGCCCAUUGAUUUGAAGGAACAUAUCAAAAACAUGACUGCGUAUGAUAAAAAUUAUCUUAACAUGGUGUGGGUAUCAUGUCAAGGCGAGAACCCCGCUGAUAGAGAGAACAUUGGACCCAUUCAAUAUUUGCCUUAUAGAGGGUUCCCGGGUUAUUAUUUCCCGUAUACAAACCAGGAAGGUUACCUCAGUCCUUUAGUAGCUGUUCAUCUGCAGAGGCCUAAAACCGGGAUGCUCAUAAACAUAGAAUGCAGAGCGUGGGCCCACAAUAUCAAGUACGACCGAGGAGAGGGGAUGGGAUCUGUGCACAUUGAGAUAAUGGUCGAAUAA